UCAUUGCCAGCUGGAAAAAUUUCAGAGAUUUCUUUGGAUGUUACAAAAUACCUGCAUUUGCAUGGAGCAGGCUUUUUCCCCUCCACCUGGACUUGAAUUGCACAACAUAAAGGGAACAUAAAGUAUUUGCUCUCUGAUUCCACAUAAAGAACUUCAGCUUUCUCAGGAAACCUAGAGCUCUUUGGAAGCCAAGCAUUCCACAAUGAAGAGCUUUCUGGCUUUCCUUGUUGCAGUGGGCGCCAUGGUGACCCUGGCUGAUGCAUGUUGCAUUACUGCACUUCAGGUUCCAGGGAGGCCCUACAGAGGCUGUGUGAGGAAUGGAAAACUGUAUCCCUUUGGAUUCAUUGCGAGGACAGAAGAUUGCUACCAAUGCUAUUGCUGGCAAGGUGCAAUGCAAUGCUGCUCCCUCAUUCAUACUAUCGUCUCUUACGACAAAGAGAAUUGUAAAGUUCUUCUCAACAAGAAGCACUGUCGCAAUGAUGUGGUGCAGAGGGAUGACCCCUCACAGCCAUGCUCCUCUGGCUAUUCUUCUGUGGGCUAACACGUGAUCCAAUCCCCUCUGCACUGUGGAAUUCCUCUGCUUCUUACAGAUGCUCUUUCAUCACAGAGAAGCAUGAUGACAUGGGAAAAUCUUAUAAGAGAGAGAACUUCAGUAGCUGCCUCCUAAGUGUUGUAAUUCAGCUUAUCAGAUGCAUAAUCAGAUAGAGUACCUCAUUUCUGUCAUGAUUGCAUUUAUUGGCU